AUGUCGUCUGCAUCUGAUAGUCAGAACCAAACCAUGAGCUUCGAAAACGACUCACUAGUAAGUUUCUUCUCUUCAUUCUCUGUUUUGACUUCACCUCCCCCAAGCCCACGAAAAACCUCAAAACCCUCUGUCCAAAUCAAACCUACGCACGGCGGAGCAACCUCCACCUCCCAGCGGUCGUCUCGGUCAAAACCUAUCACAACACCCACAAAACCUCCUUUGAAGUCCACCAAAGCCAUUACAACCCUUCCUGCCAAGACUCCUCAACUAAAACCCAAAGCUAACCCUAAACCAAAGCCUAAAACCCCUUCAAAACCGAGGCAGCAUCUGUCAUCUACGACUGUCAAUAAGCCCUACACCAAGGCUGCACCACCACCAUUCAUUCCUAACAUAGCCCCGGUGGGUGCAACGUAUGACCCACUUCUAACCUACCUUCACAACGCCCUAUCACCAGCCAUGCGUCCAGCACCCCCACUUUUAAUCCAACCCUUAGCCACCAUCUACCCAGUUGAAUUAGAUGCAUCAAGCCAACUGUCGUGUUCACCCAUCUUCAUAUUGGACGAAGUGAUGUGUUCCGACCAACCUAACGCAUCACUUGAAUUGGACGAAGCGGAGUGGUGCACUAUGAUGCUCGAAACAGAAUUGGAAGAAGAAGAUGGAGAAGAAGAAGAAAGGAGAAUUGGCCCUGACGCGUCUCAAUCAUGCCAAACUGACACGAAUGAAGGGCCCUCAUAA